AUGAUUAAUAUUGCCGGUGUUGUGAGCAUUGUCCUCUUCUAUUUGCUGAUAUUGUUUGUUGGCAUUUGGGCUGGACGCAAAAAGCAGGCAGGCAAUGAUUCUGAAGAGGAGGUAAUGUUAGCAGGACGUUCGAUUGGUCUAUUCGUUGGCAUAUUUACAAUGACCGCAACCUGGGUUGGAGGCGGCUAUAUAAAUGGUACAGCUGAAGCUAUUUACACGUCCGGCUUGGUUUGGUGUCAGGCUCCAUUUGGUUAUGCAUUAAGUUUGGUUUUCGGUGGCAUAUUUUUUGCAAAUCCAAUGCGUAAACAAGGCUACAUAACAAUGUUAGAUCCAUUGCAAGAUUCAUUUGGUGAGCGUAUGGGUGGUCUACUCUUUUUACCAGCACUUUGUGGAGAAGUAUUUUGGGCUGCUGGUAUAUUAGCUGCCUUGGGUGCUACAUUAUCUGUCAUCAUUGAUAUGGAUCAUCGAACAUCAGUGAUAUUGUCAUCUUGUAUUGCCAUAUUCUAUACGCUUUUUGGUGGUCUAUAUUCGGUUGCAUAUACCGAUGUUAUACAAUUAUUUUGUAUAUUCAUUGGGUUAUGGAUGUGUAUUCCUUUUGCUUGGGCUAAUGAGCAUGUGAAGAGUUUGUCGGCAAUGGAUGUUGAUUGGAUUGGUCAUGUGGAACCGAAGCAACGUUGGUUUUAUAUAGAUUACGGUUUAUUAUUAGUGUUUGGCGGUAUACCAUGGCAGGUAUAUUUUCAACGCGUUUUAUCAAGUAAGACUGCUGGACGUGCACAAAUUUUAUCCUAUGUAGCAGCAGCUGGUUGUAUUUUGAUGGCUAUCCCACCGGUGCUUAUUGGUGCUAUUGCAAAAGCUACACCUUGGAAUGAAACAGACUACAAAGGUCCUUAUCCAUUAACGGUUGACGAGACUAGCAUGAUUUUGCCAAUGGUUUUACAGUACCUCACCCCUGAUUUCGUAUCAUUCUUUGGUUUGGGUGCAGUUUCUGCCGCUGUCAUGUCCUCUGCAGACUCGUCCGUACUCUCCGCCGCAAGUAUGUUUGCACGCAAUGUAUACAAAUUGAUUUUCCGUCAGAAAGCGUCCGAAAUGGAAAUCAUUUGGGUGAUGCGUGUUUCUAUUAUUAUUGUUGGCAUACUGUCCACCAUAAUGGCGUUGACUAUUCCUUCAAUUUAUGGUUUAUGGUCCAUGUGCUCCGAUUUGGUUUACGUUAUUCUGUUUCCGCAACUACUUAUGGUUGUGCAUUUUAAGAAGCAUUGUAAUACAUAUGGCAGCCUUGCGGCGUAUAUUGUGGCAUUGUUUAUACGUUUAUCAGGAGGAGAGGCUAUGCUUGGCUUACCCGCUCUCAUACAUUUUCCAGGUUACGAUGAAGAAAGUCAAACACAAUUAUUUCCGUUCCGCACUAUGGCGAUGCUAAUGAGUUUAAUUACUUUAAUUGGAGUUUCAUGGUGGACCAAGAUGAUGUUUGAAUCUGGUAAAUUGCAACCAGGUUAUGAUAUUUUCCGUUGUGUGGUAAAUAUUCCUGAAGAUAUACAAAGAGUUGGUGAACCAUCGGAAGCUGGAGAACAGCUGUCUGUAAUGGCUGGUCCAUUAGGUCGUUCAUAUGGUGCAGCUACUAUGGCUGGUAAAGAUGAGAGAAAUGGAAGAAUUAAUCCCGCUUUAGAGUCAGAUGACGAUCUGCCUGUAGCUGAAGCAAAACGGUUAAAUCAACAGACAGCACAACAACAAGUACAAAAAAUGUUGAGCAAUGCAACGGGUCAAGGUAGUGGUGGAGGUAAUCUACAAGGUGGACAAGGAAUGGCUGUGCCAACUGCUGAGCAUGACAAUACUGCCUUUUAAGAUAUAGCAAGCAACUAAGAAGAGAGCAAAUUUUUUGAGAAUUAAUACUGAUUUUCAACUGUAUUAAGUAAAAUGAAUUUGAAAUUCGCUUGAUAAA